AUGGCCCCGUUUACGACACCCGUGCCCAUGAUACAGGGCCUCAAAGAGCGUGUCGACUCCGUAACUGUACAAGGGGAUCGGAUAUACAUUGGGACGUCCAUUGGAAGCCUGCAUGUGUACUCUUUCGACGAGUCGACCAUUCAGGGUGCAGCCGGCGAUGUCUCGACGAGUCUGGUUGAAGUGAAGAAGGGGUUGACGCGCAGAUCCAUUGACCAGCUUGGCUUUGUCAAGGAUGUUAAUUCUCUCGUUGUUCUCUCUGACAUGGCUGUGUCACUGCUGCCCGUACCAUCACUAUCGCCUCCGACACCUCUCGUGAAAGCGAAGGCAGCGUUUUCAUUCGCCAUCCAUUCGUCGGUGGAACAUUCGGUGCCGGCAGGUGCGGAGUCUCCAACUGGCGCAGACUUCAGCUCGGCGCACCUUAAGACGAAGACGAUACCCGUCAUGGUCACGCAGCUGAUCGUCGGGUGUAGGAGGAAACUGGUCAUGUACUCUUGGAGGGACGGGGAGGCACAGGAGGUCAAGGAAGCCCCGCUCCCUCAUUCUCCCCGUGUAAUCGCUUUCCUAAACUCAGAGACGUUGUCCUUCGCUUACUCCCCUACUGAACACGCCAUAUUCUCCAUCCCCACGCUCACAGCAACCGAUAUAACACACAUUCCCAACCCCACCGCUAGUACCGUGGUCGCUGCCACCGGUCUAGGGAUGAGUGCGCUCACUGGCUUGACUGGAUACAUGACUCUGGGUCUAGGUGCAAAGCCGAAGCCUCUGACAGUGGCUCUGGGCAAUGACGAAGCCCUUAUUGUCAAAGAUAAUGAGGGAAUCAUAGUCGGUGCGGAUUCCAAACCGUCACGACCUUCGAGUCUUCUCUGGCCUGCCCCUCCUGACGACAUUACGUUCAUCAAGCCAUAUAUUCUGUCCGUUCUUCCGGCAGGUACUGUUGCGGACCCUCGUUCGUCGCCGGCUGCUACAUCCACGAGCACUACCACGACUCUACAAAUAUACUCCUCCCUCUCCCUUACUCCCACUCAAUCUCUAUCCUUCCCCUUCGUUCCAUCAGACACUUCGACCACGUCCGUUGCCCCGGCGACCAGUGUACCACAACCUAAUGCCACAGUAAGGCUACUGACUUCCUUGCAACCGUCCAAGGCCCCUGUUUUCUUUGUAACCACACCUGUCGACCGAGCUGCAGCGACUGCCGAGGGGAGCACGCUAUGGGGCUUGACCAUGAGGCCUUGGGCAGAGCAGGUCGACGAGAUGGUGUUAGCAGGGCAGUAUCGAGAUGCCCUUGGCUUACUGAAGAAUGUAGACGAUGCUUUGCUUCCUGACAAGGUGCGCACUUUACGUCUACAUUUUUUAAUUCUACAGCAUUCAUGUACUACGCAGCCUAAACGCAUCACUCUGAUCCGUGCUUUGGAUGCAGUUACGCUGUUCCGAGAGGGCAAAUACGACGCCGCCAUAGACACAUUCGCAGAGUUGAACAUCAACCCCGCCAAAGUGGUAGCGUUAUUCCCAGAAAGCGUGGCUGGGAGGUUAGCAGUACCCGAGGAGGGCUGGAUACAGUUGUUUGGCGGCCCGCCUCGAGUCGACGACGCGUCUUCGGUCAAGUCUCGGGAUUCCUCUAAACAGGCGAAGGGCUCACCGGUGGUCAGUGAUGAAGAUAAGGACCCCGAUAUGAGCAAUGCUGCCAAGGAUCUGCUCGAUCGAGUUGCAAUCCCCUCUUCCGGGAGCAUAAGAGGGAGGUUGAGGACAGGCCUAGGGGCGUUCAUGCCACAAAGUGCCAAAGAUGACGACACGGCGUCCAUCAAUAGUAAACCCCGGGCUAGCGUGAAUGAUGAUUUCCGCCGCUCUGUGGAGACACUUGUUCGCUACCUCUCUGAUCACCGUCCCAAAGUUACCGCUGCGCUGGAAAGUGUAGGCAUUACGCCUGCUAACCAGUCGCAUGAUACGCCCAGGCUAUCGGAGGUUCUGGUCGAGGAGCUGUACGCUCUCCCUAACGCGCCGCUGUCAGCCUUGACUCCAGAACAGCUCCUUCGCUUCGCGCAGAUAGUCGACACGGCGCUGUUUAAGAGUUACAUCGUGAUUCGACCGGGCUUGUUAGGUCCCUUGUGUCGCGUGCCUAACUGGUGUGAAGUGGAUGAGGUUGAAGAGGAAUUACGCGCGCGAGGGAAAUUUAGGGAGUUGAUAGAUUUAUUCCACGGUAAGAAGAUGCAUGCGAAGGCAUUAGCAUUACUGCGACAGCUCAGUGAGAACGAGGAAGAUAUGCAGGACAAGCUCGGCCCCUCUAUCACGUAUCUGCAGAAAUUGGGGCCGGAGCACAUCGAACAUGUCUUCGCUGCUUCACGCUGGAUAUUUGAACAGGAUCGGGACCUCGCCUUCGACAUCUUCACCUCUGAGGAUGUGGAGCUGCCCCGCAAAGAUGUUGCAGACCAUCUGGAAAAGAUUGAUCCUUUAGUCUGCAUACGCUUCAUCGAGUAUCUGAUUGAAGAACGCGAAGAAGAGUCGCAUCAAUUCCACGACCGCCUAGCGGAGUUGUAUCUUAGGACGACUUUGAUAGCGAAGAAGCGGCAGGACACUAGUACGCUUUCCUACGAAAUGUAUUCAAAGCUCCUGCACUUCAUCGACACCACCGAUCAUUUCCGGAUAGACUGGUUUUACGGCGUGAUCUCAUCAGAGGACCUAUACGAGGCCCGCGCCAUACUCCUUGGCAGGAUGGGACGCCAUGAUCAGGCCCUGGGACUUUAUGUCUAUCAGUUACACGAUUAUAUCAAAGCAGAGGAGUAUUGCAAGCGUGUGUAUAAACCAGGCUCGGAAACGGAUGGCGUUUUCCUCACACUACUCCGCAUUUAUCUUCGCCCAACGGCGCAGCUGAGCAGGGAGCACGACUUGUUGCAGCCAGCCCUAGACCUCAUCGCACGGCAGAGCCCGCGUUUGGACGCGGCGGAGACUCUGCAGCUUCUCCCCCCCUUGGUGACGGCACAGGACGUUGGGAGGUUCCUGAAGGAUACGCUUCGCGCACCCGUUUUCGACACUCAAGUUGUUCGAAAUAUCAGCAAGGCUCGGAAUGAUCAUUUGUCCAGGCAACUGAUGCAUCUGCAGUCAAAGAGAGUCAAGGUUACCGACAGUAGAAUAUGUCCUCAAUGCCAUAAACGCAUUGGAAACAGUGUUAUUGCAGUCCACCUUCCUCGGGGAGAAGUCACUCACUACCAAUGUCGUGAUGCAUUCUCCAAGAAGAUAUCGGCAUUGAGACGGUGA